ACAGCCUUCGCCGCGCCUCUAACUCUCUGACACGUCACUGAGGUCAGACAGUCCUGCUGGAGCGAAGAUGGCGGUUGCUUAUGAGAGCUUCAAACUGCACACAACCCCUGAGAAGUUUUACAUAGAAGCCUGUGGUGAUGGAACUAAUGAUGUUCUUGCCAUCGACAGGGUGUCAACGGAAAUUAUCCUCACAGUUAAGAAGGACAUCCCUCCCUCUGCUGUCACUAGAUCAAUAUGUGGAAUUAUGGGAACAAUUCGUCUAGUUGCAGGCAUGUAUCUUAUCAUAAUUACGAAAAAGAAAAAGGUUGGAGAUUUGUUCGGUCAUACCAUCUGGAAAGCUACAGAAUUUGACAUCAUUUCUUACAAAAAGACUGUGCUGCACUUGACAGAUAACCAGAUGCAAGAUAACAAGAGUUUCUUAGCCAUGCUCAACAACGUAUUGAACACAGAUGGGUUUUACUUUGCUACCAACUACGACCUGACACACUCCUUACAGCGGUUGUCUAACACCAGCCCAGAGUUUCAAGAAAUGAGCUUACUUGAGAGGGCAGAUCAGAGAUUUGUAUGGAAUGGGCACCUUCUGAGGGAGUUCACAGCACAGCCGGAGCUCCACAAAUUUGCAUUCCCAGUGCUCCAUGGAUACAUUGUAGUGAAAUCUUGCUGUAUUAAUGGAAAAUACUUUGACUGGAUCAUUAUCUCAAGGAGAAGCUGUUUCAGGGCUGGGGUGCGAUACUAUGUCAGAGGUAUUGAUUCAGAAGGUCAUGCUGCUAAUUUUGUUGAAACGGAACAAAUAGUCCAGUACAGUGGAAACAAAGCUUCUUUCGUGCAGACUCGUGGGUCAAUGCCAUUUUUCUGGUCACAAAGACCUAACCUGAAGUACAAACCAAAGCCACAAAUCAGUAAAACUAUCAAUCAUAUGGAUGGCUUCCAGAGGCAUUUUGACUCGCAAAUUAUCAGCUAUGGAAAACAAGUGAUUUUAAACUUGAUAAACCAGAAGGGCUCUGAAAAUCCGCUGGAGCAGGCUUUUGCAAAAAUGGUGAUGAGUCUGGGUAAUGGAAUGGUGAAGUACAUAGCAUUUGAUUUCCACAAGGAGUGCAGCAAAAUGAGAUGGGAACGACUUCAGAUUUUAGUGGAUCGGGUUGCGGAGAUGCAAGAUGAGUUUGGUUACUUCAUGGUGGAUUCAGAUGGGAAGGUCCUGAUGCAGCAGGAAGGCACAUUCCGUAGCAACUGCAUGGACUGUCUGGAUCGGACUAAUGUGAUUCAGAGCCUGUUGGCACGUCGCUCUUUGCAGUCACAGCUACAGAGACUUGGAGUUCUUCAUGUUGGACAAAGGAUUGAAGAGCAAGAUGAUUUUGAAAAUAUAUACAAAAAUGCAUGGGCAGACAAUGCUAAUGCAUGUGCCAAACAGUAUGCCGGGACAGGGGCCUUGAAGACUGAUUUUACAAGGACUGGCAAGAGGACUCAAUGGGGGCUGGUCAUGGAUGGCUGGAACUCGAUGAUCAGAUACUACAAAAACAACUUUUCAGACGGCUUCAGACAGGAUUCCAUAGAUCUGUUCCUUGGUAACUAUGCAGUGGAUGAAGCCGACAGUUCAACACCUCUCCAUGUGCAAAAGGACUGGAAGUUCCUCACUUUGCCUAUCAUCAUGGUGGUUGCAUUCUCCAUGUGUAUUAUAUGUCUCCUCAUGGCAGGUGACACUUGGACAGAGACCUUAGCCUAUGUGCUCUUCUGGGGAACAGCCAGCAUUGGGACUGCAGCCAUUAUUCUUUUCAAUGGCAAUGAGUUUGUAGACGCUCCGAAGCUUGUUCAGAAGGAAAAAAUGGACUGAAUCUGUGUGUGUGGAAAGCAGGUUGGUCACCAGGAUUCCUCUUUGCACACUUGGAGUCUGUACUGACCUGCUUUCCACACAUGGGAAAGAGGAUUUUUAUCAAGAUAAAAAAUAUAAGAAAAAAGUUCUGUCUUUGCUGUUAACGGUGGAGGUAUGCUUUUGGGAUCCAAGAGUUUAUCUCUAUCUGAAAGGUAGAACAUCUCAUCAGUGUAUGGCACCUUACUAGGGUUACUAUAAAUACUUGGUUUUGUUUUAAAGCUAACCAUACCGUACUUGUCUGAAGCUGUCUCUUCAUUGCCCAAAUCUAACAUCUGCACCCAAAUAUUAUGUUUCUAAUAAUCUGUACCUCUCUGUAUUGAUCUGAUUGUGUUACAGACAAAUAGAAGACGUUUUUUACACAGAGCAAAGCUCAUAUGGUAAAAUAAAGGUUUGGACAGCAUAUAGAUUCCUAUAUACCUGUAUCCCAAGCAUGUUUAGAUGUAGAUCUCUACCACUGGCAAAAUAACCAGGAGGCCUGGCACUAAUAUGAGCUAAAAAUAAUGGUUUUAUAAGCUACACUAAAGAACAAAAUAAUCAUAACUAGUCUAUAUAAAAGAUACUGUAUGGAUCUUCCGUAGGUAACUACUGUUUUGUUUUUAUCCCUGUAAGUUGCCAUGUUGAUGGGAUAUUCUGCUGUGUUCUUAUGAAUUACCUUUCGUUUCUGUUAAUCGGUUUUGCAGCAUAUUUGAUUUUGCUUCUCAGUGAGGUAGUUACUGAUCUGUAGUGUUGGUUUUGGUCUUUUACUUUGAAUUUUUUUUUCUUCUGACACUCGGCUUGCCCAGUGCAGUUGUCUGAUCUCAUCUGUCUUCCCAGUAUGUUUCUGUGCAAUGGAGGAAGUGUUCGCAAGUGUAUGUUAUUAACUAUUACCAGUAAUAGUGUAUAUUAUAAUAUGAGCUGUUUCAUUCUGAUACUGGAUUUCAAGAUGAAAGAAUCAGAGAAUGUAAAACCAGUUGAUAUGCCUUUUUUAUGUGUCUUUCCUUUUUAAUUCAGAAAUCCAAAGCAUAAUGCAUAUUGACAGUGUUAACAUAUUUAUUAUACUGUUAUUUUCCAGUCAUCAUUUUUUUUUCUGUUUUAUUGAUACUUUACAAUAACCUGUCACUUGAUAGUAGGCAUGGGAACUCUGGUUUGUUCUAUUCCAAGGUGCACAUAACCGGCAAUAUGUAUUUCCUCUGCGUGACAUUCCUAUUCUUUUGUAAUAAGCAGUUUACUUUUCAAAAUAUAAGGCUUUAUUUAUUACAAAAGGUUUUUGUUAUUGGGAUUUAAGUGUAAGCUGGAACAAGAUACUAAUCGGCACUGGUAAGGAAACGCUAAUUCCUGCGACCAACUCAAGCUUGUCUUCAAUGUGAUCUCUACAACAAAAAAAUAACAUACUUGUCAUUUUUUUAUUUUUUUUUUUUUAAUUUUUUUUUUAAAUUAUUUUUAGUUAAUCUAUUUUACGGAAAUAUUUCCUUGUAAUUACAUAUGCAGUACAAAUAAAGUGUCAGUACAAAUUAAAGAUACAAGUAGAGCUGGCAGAUCUGUACAUGUCUGUUCCCAUUAUAUUAUUGAUUGCCAAAAUAAUUUAAAAAGUAAGCAAGAUUCAUAUGUGGUGUGAGAGUAUUAAUGAUGCAUUCUUUUGGAUCUGUAUUUAACUUAACAUUAUGUUCUGUAAGAACAAAAGUACAGUUUAUAUAGUAGCAUAUGACUGCAGAGAUUUAUUACAUCUGCCUUUGCUGGGAUAAUUUAUGCCAGUGUCGUAAAUGAUAAUUCGCUGUAUUUCAUCUUUUAAUGCAAUGCAAUGUAGUUGCAAAUAUCACUUAGAGAUGAGCAAGCUCAGGUUUUUAUUCACAGCUUUUCGUCUGUGUGAGCUUAAGGAAUCGUUUGAGUUCCUGUCAAUAAUCAGAUUUUAACUGCAUGGGUCUGAAUGCUUACCCUUCCAUUUCCAGACUGCAACAUGUUUAAAAAGACCAAACUGCACUUGAGCUUCCAAAAUAGAUCUACCCAGUUAAAGAGAUAAAAUGUGAUAUUAAUAGGAGCAUUAGACUAUGCCUGAACAAAUCAGUUCUAGUUGUAAUCCUGAUGCAGCAGAAGCAGAAUGCUACAGCAGUAUUUGCAUCCUAAACAUUUUCGGUGCCUCUAGUGCUUGAGAAUGAUAUGCUCUUUUUGUACAAAAAAAACCAAAACACAUAAAUAACAGCCUUAUUGUGCAUUGCUACUUAGUGAUUGUGUCUUCUGGAACUUGGGAAACAAUGUUUUAUUGCUGGCAAAAGACAAACAGCAAGGUUUAACCCUUCUAGUGACACCAAUGAGCCAUCUAAAUCCAUCUUUGUGGUUAUCUUUGGAGAGUUGUUGGGAUUAAAACAAGACUUGCAUUGAAUUGCUUUCCAGGUUUUACUGUCUGUUUAAUUAGGUUUACAAAAUAACCUGAAAAAACUGAGUGCUUUGGUUUGCUGUAAAUAAUUCCUGUCUAUUCCAACUGCCUCGGUACCAACCAAUGUUUUCUUUUGUGUGAUUGCUUGCUUACUUAUAGAGGAAAAGGUGGAGGGUUUCAAACUGUAAUGCAAUGUAAGCCUUAUCAUGCCUUUUUGUGGGUCGCUGCUCUUAGUCCAUGAAGGGGGAAUGGUUUUAGUGGAUGAACUCAAGUAUACUGAAUGGUUUCAUCUUUGCAUCUUUUUUCUUGCUGCUCAGCAAUAUUGAAACAGCUGUCUCUUUCUGAUCACUGUCAUUCCAUGUUUUAAGUGGUUUGCUUUGUUUCAAAGAUUUAAUAAAAUCUCAGAUGGAAAA